AUGGAGAGGGCGGUUAAAUGUCCCGAUGAAGUCGCCAUUUUGAUGGAGUUGCACCGCUCCGAUCUGUCCCAUGCUCUAUGUGAUAUCUCGACCGAUGAGGCUAGCCGCUAUUUCACACAGUUAACAGACGCUGUGUCUUUUCUCCACCAACAUUGCCUCGUGCACGGCGACUUGAAGCUGAGAAAUGUAUUCAUCAGCCACUGCGGAAACGCUGUACUGGGUGACUUUGGGCAGGCUCAGAUUCUUCCCAAAAACUCGACCAGUUCCAAGCGUUGGGGAGGCACUCUGCACUACUGGGCACCUGAAUACGAAGAAGGCGAGCCAGUUGAUGACGUUUUUAAGCUUGAGAGCUACUCUCUUGGACUCUGUCUCUGGGCCUUGCUGUUCGUUAAAGAACCUAAGUCGGGCACGAACUUUCUACAGAAGCUCAAAGACAAGGUGUUGAUUCCAGACUUGCACAGACAAUGUGUUGAACGUCUGUUAUGUCCCUCGCCGUCAGAUCGAGCGACGGUUGUGGAAAUCCAACAAAUGCUCCACGCCCAUGGACAGCCAAAAUCUCGUAACCCGACAGCCUCGGUUGAGGAAAUUCAACAACUGCACCACAUCAAUGAACAGACAGAGGCUCGUGACCCGACAGCCUCGGUUGAGGAAAUUCAACAACUGCACCUCAUCAAUGAACAGACAGAGGCUCGUGACCCGACAGACGCUGCGGACCCUUCUCCCGUCCCUCCGUCAGCCGCAAGUUGUCAUGGACAUUCACAAAUCAGAGAACGCUAUAAAAAUAAUACCUUGAAAAGCAGAGCCCGAAAAGAAAAGUUGAAAACUGUCAGUUAA